AAAUAGAUUUGAGAUUGCAAAAUCAGGAUAAAUUAGCUGAUCAAGAAAUCAUUGAACUAGCUAUGGAAUCAAUUGAAAGGCUCCAAUUUUUUCUAAUGCAAGAAGAAAGAGGAAUGGGUAUUAGUGAGAGUUUCCUGCGUGAAUUAAACAAAUUUAAAAGAGAAUUAAAGAAAGAAAUUUUUGUGUCAAUGGCUCAACAGAAAUUGAUACAUAUUUUAGUUAAAUGA